AUGCCUCGGCCACCAGUAGUGGCUUUACCGGAUUCCGGUGGUGGUGUUCCGCCACCAGAGCUGUAUGGGUUGCCGAAUUUUGAAUGCGAGUACACAGAACCUGAAAAAGCCAUGCUGGUAGUUGUAGAACUUAUGAUGCCUAGAGCUGCACGAGUGGUUUCCAACCGACCUUGUGCAAAUAAUGGAAUUCUAACCAUUGACAAAUGGGCUCCAGCCCAUACGUUCGCUGUUAGCAAGAUGGACAUCAAGAAAUGGGCAGGGCAAGCCUACCACAUGGAGCCCAAUAGCCCAACGGAUAAGUACAAAGGUUGUGGCCUUUCACCUGAUAGAUCCACCGGGUUAUAUCAUUAA